CAACCACCUCUCCCGCCUCCACCUCCUCCUCCUCAUCAGCACGCACUGGGUAGAGAUCCUAUUACCCAGUCUGUGCUUGAUUUCCGUGGCAUGCAUCCUCCGGCAUUCACCGGGGUUGAGGGCCCCGAAGCUGGGGCUGAAUGGCUUCAGCAGCUAGAGAGUAUCUUCGAUCUGUUGUUCACCACUUAUUAUCCGUAUGCUUACUGUGCCCAGAUGAUGAAGGACUUCUGGGUGCUUAAGCAGGGACCUCGUCCCGUGGAUGUCUACGAGCACGACUUCACUCGUAUGUGCAUGUUUUCCCCGAUGCUUGUAAAUACCGAUGAGAAGAAGGCCUUUUGUUUUCGUGAUGGUCUUCGCCCCAACCUUCGCUAUACCCUGACUGGCCACGGAGUUCUGCCCUACUCCGAGAUGGUCCGCCGUGCCAGCGAGUUAGUGGUUUGCCAGAAUUCCUGGAGGGCGGCUGCGCCAUCCUAUCAGCAGACCCGAAUGAUUCAGCCUAUUUCAUCU